GUGACGUCACACACACACACACACACACACACACACAUUCUCCGCAUGUUUACAGGUGCAGUUUCUGCUGAUUCUCACCUGAAGAAUGACAGAAAGAGCCAGACAAGAACGACAUCAACAUCGAGUGUCUGAAGAUGUCGAGAAAAAUGGAGGUGAUCAUCAACCCUGCGGCUCCGCAGGAUCAAGCCGCGUGUCCCGUUUACAUCACGGAGUCGAAGCCGGGAGACUCGCCCGGAGUGACGGGAUUCCUGAAGAUCAACCCGGCGGCUCUGGGGUGGCUGGAGAUCCUGACCGGAGCCGUGGCGUUUGGACUCGUCUUUUGGAAUUAUGAACGAUGGUUUUUAAUACCAACUUGCUAUUUGAUUUUGAAUGGAGUUAUCACAGCCACAGCUGCUUGUACCCGUAACGCGUGUCUGGUGGUCACCGCUCAAGUUCUGAAUCUGCUCAACAUCCUCAGCGCUCUGAUCGUCUUCAUCAUCUUCUUCUUGUUGUUCUAUGUGGCGUCGUCUGUGCGUGUGUUUUUGGCUCCGUCUCUGGGUCCGACAGACAUCGCUUUCAUGGCCUGUAACGUUCUGGCGAUCAUCUACUCCCUUAUCAUCUUCGCGACCUCAUGCUGCUGGUGUAAAUCGAGGAAGCGUCUCAUGGUGAUCCACAUGAGCACAGCGUCACCUGCACCUGCAGUGGUCAGUGAUGUUGUGGACCAGCCGCGUACAGCAUCAUCACCACCAUCCUACUACAGUCCGAUCCCGACUUCAGAACCACCGGCCUAUGAGGACGAGCGACGCUCGACGCUCUCUAGAGCUUCUGCUGAGAGAUGGGACAUGAGAAGAUGGAAAGAUGAACUGCAUCGCAGCAGAAAACCCAUCCAAGUCUAAGACAUUAAUUUAUUCCAGAUCAAUCUAUGCUCUAAAGUAGAGCUUCAGUAACCCGUGUUUGAUUCGGUCCCAGAGCUCAAUCUAGGGCCAUUAUUAGUGCAUCGGUCGAUCUGCUGGACAGUACAGAUGGACACUCGCUAUCAGACAUUAUGCACAUUAGAAUCAUUUCUAACUUAUCUUGUUUUUAAAAGCAAACUUGAAGUGCGGUGUUUCUUGAGAUGUCAGUAUUUCUGUCGGGUUGGAGCUGUACUUGCAUGACUGAAAAUAGCUGUCGGAGUGUGUUCAUGAUCGUUCCUCGCCUGCGGACAGUGAGAAACUCAUUCAAACACGCUGAACUCACUCAAGACUCAUGAAGAAGUGUCUGGAGCUGAUUCUGCUCUCAGGACAGUCCCUCCGUCUCUGACAUGCUCUUCUUCUGUGCAAUUUUACUAUUUAAGAUUUAUUUUUAGUUCUUUUUAAUGCAUUUGAAUGUUUAUGUACAUAUAUGUCAGCUGCGAAGCACUUUAUAAACAGUUUUAAAGGUGCAAUAUAAAGUUCUUUUAUUAUUAGUUUUAUUAUUUUUGUUGUAUUUGCCAUCUCACAGUUAGGUGAUUUACUCGUUUUUUUUAAGUCUCUUCUGCUCACCAAAGCUGAAUAUAUUUGACCAAAAAUACAGUAAAAAUUGUGAAAUAUUAUUCCAAUGUAAAUCAACUGUUUUCUA